CGUAACCUCGGACCCAAUGCAGAACGCACGCGGGUAGUGGGAAGACGUCCUAGGCUGACUCUCCUGCACUGUAGACUGAAUAAGCCAGUUUGAUUGUGUGACACCUCCUAAUUUCGAAGAAGGUGACUGCAUUUGGUUGUGUGUGAGAGACCCUGAGAAUGCCUACAGUGAGAUCAUCAGCUUCAACCAAGAGAAACAAGAGGUUGUUGGAGGAUAUAAGUAAUACUGUUGAGGUAUCCAAGGCAGGAAGCAUGAAGAAGCCAUCUUUGAAAAAGAAUUUGAUGUUGUCUGAUGAUGAUGAGUUCAGUGAACCAGAGUCUAAGAGGUCAAGGACUGCUAGAAGGUCAUAUGGGUCAAAGAAAAAGGUUGACAUCAAGAAGGAAGAACUGUUAGAUGAGGAACCAGAAGCAAAACCUGUAAGGAAGACCAAGAAAGCAGCCAUUCUGAAGAUGAAGGAAGAACCAGCAUCAGAUGAUGAGGAUGACAAGGAGGAGGAGGAAGAAGAAGAGGAAGAGGAAGAAGAAGAAUAUGAUUACAUUAUAAAAGGAAAGAAAGAUGUGAAAUCUCAAGCAAGUGAGGUUAAAGUUAAGCAAGAAUUUGAGGCAAUAGAAGAGGAUGAAUCUCCAUCUGUGAAACUCUCGGAUUAUGAGCUCAUGAUCCAAAAGAACAUUGAAGAAAGACAAAAGUUUUUAGCUUCACUCAAGAUUUUUGAGGCCAAAGGUGAUCUUGAAGAGUUAGCCCCACAGCCCGUUGCCAAAAAAGCAACAAACAGAGGAAUUACCCGCAUCAAGGAGGCCCCACAACCAACAGAGCGUCGAAGGAGUUUAAGGCAGCAGAAAAUGACCCCAGAUGGAGCAGAUUUGCCUCUGCCCUCUGAAAAGGAGAUUGCCAAAGCUUUGGCAGAAUCUUCAGAACAGAGGAACCCUAGACCCCCACCUGGGCCAGGACCAGUGAUGGACUAUUUCAAUGCUCCAGGGAAGGAAGAGUUUGAGGAAUUUCUAAAAGAUGUACACAGUAUGAAAGUGGCAGGAGGAGAAAAUAGUGUUUGGUCACAGGAUGGCCCAAGUGUUAUCAAGACUUUGAAGAAGAUGAAGAUUACAGAAUCUCGUGUUGCUAAAGUAGUUCCCAGUCGAACUUUCUCAGUCCAGAUCCACCCAACAUUAGAUAAGACUCUGGUCAUGAUUGGUGGAAAAUAUGGAGAGCUUGGACUUUGGGAUGUACAUCGUGAAGACUCAAGCAAUGGUGCUCACUUCUUCAAUCCACACUCACGACCAAUCAACUGCCUUACUGUAGAUCCUUGGAAUUAUCAGAAUGUUUACACAACAAGUUACGAUGGAUCUGUAAGGAGAACAGAUCUGACAUCAGGGAUUGUCCAGCAGGUUUACAGCUAUGUUGAAGAAGAAGCGUAUAAUGUGUAUACUUCAUGGCAUGCACAUAGAGACGAAAAUACAAUGCUUGUUGGAGGAAGCCUCGGGGAUUUGGUUCAGGUUGAUGUUCGAGAUAGUAACAGCAACCCAGUGGAGUACAAGGUACAUAAUGGCAAAACAGUCAAAUUGGUGACAGUGCAUCCAACACAGAAUCAUUAUGUUGCAACAUCAUCAAGAGAUGGAUGUGUGUCGCUAUGGGAUUUGAGGAAAGUCAAGAAGAAUACACCAAUUAAUGAAUGUCCUCAUGGACGUAAUGUGUCUGGCUUGGAGUUCUCACCAGUCACAGGAAAUACCCUUAUUUCAACGUGCUCAGACAAUUACCUGAGAUUCAUAUCAUGUGACUUGAGUAAUUUGAAAGUGCAAAAGAAAAUUCACCACAAUAAUCAGACAGGAAGAUGGCUGACUACCUUUAAGGCUCGCUUCCUACCAGGGAGAGAGGACUUAGUAGUUGUGGGGUCCAUGCUGCAGCCAAGAAGGAUUGAAGUGUGGUCGAAUAACGGUCAGUUGGCACAUGAAUUCCAAGGUGAAGAUUUUGCAUCUGUUGCAAGUAUAAAUGCAUUCCAUCCUACACAAGCUAUUCUGGCAGGAUGUAAUUCCUCGGGAAGAGUACAUGUCUUCAUGUAGAACAAACUGAGUAAAAGCAGUGUGAUUACUUCGGGACUAGGUAUAACCAUGGAUUAUCUCCAAAGCUGUAAACUUGGUGUGUGCCAUAAAUACAUUCCUGUUAGAUACUCUAUGUAUUGAACUUUACUAAUAAGAGGCAGAAUUUUCAUAUCAGUGACAAUAAUUAGUUCUCAGUCAGUAUUAUUGUUAGUCACAAAGAAAAAGACAUUUAAAUGUAUAUAAAAGGUGCUCAAGGUGCUUUUCUUUUUCUUUUUCUUCUCCAGUGACAGUACUAAGUUCAGAGAAAAUGUAAAUAUUGAUUAUAGAUAUUGAAAAAAUCAUUGAAAAUCUUAUGUUACACCUAUUAUCUAAAAUAAGUGAAAUGCAGCUCAUGAGUAGUAUGUUAAAUUUUAGGCAAAAGAUUCUGCUUACAAUAGCAAACAUGUUAUCUAAGAUUUUGAAACUGCUGUCAUCUUUCUAAAAGAAAAAAGAUUUUGGGGGGUUAUUCUGCCAAGCAAAGUGUGUUUGGUCACUUAACAUGUACUUGAUAAACAGUACAAAUAAUUAAUUUUGUAAACUAAGAAAGAUUUAUAGAUAUGCAUAGGUUAAACAUGAGUUAUUAAUAGUGUAUUUUCAAGUUGAAGUUUCACCAUUCAUUUACUAAAGCAUGCUUUAUAUGAUAUUGUACAAGACAGAUUUUGAAACAUUAAGAUAAACCAUAAUCAUCUUAUACAACCAAAGAUGAAAUCGCCAAUGGCAAUGAAAAAGAAGGUAAAACAUUUACCCAUAUAAUUCUCAGACUAAUUGUUGAUUAUAGUAUGGUUAUAUGAACAGUAAAAUAGUAACAAAAAUUCUAGCUGACCCAGACCAGUUCCUAUUUGCAACACAUGGCACAGUACUAUAAACAAUUCACUCUGCUAACACUUCUUUUUCUGAGGGCUUAGGGCAAAUGUCAUAUAUGUAUGCAUAUAUUGAUAUCAGUAUUUGGCUGUAUUUUGUCAUUAUUUGAAGCAGUUGAUGUUUUAAUAAGUAAACCUGUGUUGCUUCUUACACUGGCUUGUAUAAGAGUGGUUAUUAAAGAAUUUUUAGGAAAUAAGCCCACAGCAAUAAGUGCCAGACUUCAAAAAAACUGUGCAUUGAGUAUAAUUGAAUGCCAAUAUUUUAUCUGAAUGCAAAAUUCUGGAAAUGGUUUUAUUCAGCUGUUGUAUGCACAUGCAGACUAUAUACAUAUGUUUUCAGUUACCAAUUGUGUAUGCCUGGCAUGAAGCAUGCAAAUAUUCUAAAGUUUUAUUUGUCCUUUAUGUGGUUGAAAGUAUAACCCUAAAGGGAAGGAAACUUCUUUUUUUUCAAAUGCUAUUUUGUACAUAGAUUGAUAAAUUGAAUAUUUGAUUUUUAUUUUAUACAUUCUUAAAAAGAGCAUGUAGAAUAGAUAAUGUGUCACAAGUUCAGCAGAUUGUUUUAUAUUUUUGUAUUUAAUGUUGAAUUUUAAUAUGCCAUACAUAUAUGGUUUGUACUCAACAUCCAGUAAAUUGCUUUUUAAGAAAAUAAACUUUAUUAUGA